AUGACAAGCCGGAUGAUCAUCCUGGCGGGCGCCCCGGAGCCGGCGAAGCUCGACUGGAGCGAGAAGUCGUUGUUGCCCGACGCUUCACACGUCGAAUCACUUCCAAACAAGGAGAACAUGAAUAUCGACUCCUCGAUACGGCCGAAAUCGCCUUCAUCCAAAGCGUUCGGUGCUCAAUGGCGCCAGAUCACGACGCAGAGACUCCAAAUGCGACCGAUCCUGCCGAAGCUCAACAUUGACCCGCGUCCAUUGGCGGCCGGCGCCCUGAUAAUGCAGCAAGCCGGCGAAUUGGACAAUGUCGACAGAGGGGAUGCGGAGUUCUUCUCCCUCUCGGAACUGCUCGGUGCUUCGACCCCUGGUAGCGACAUCAGCGAGCCUCAAUCGAGGCCCUCACUAUCGGAGGGUUCAUCCUCCAUCCCCGACACAACCUCAUCCGGUACGAGCGCCUUCAAUACUUCGGAGGGAGGACCCAUAUCCGAAUACUACGACCAUUCGUUCUCCAUCUACGAAGCCAUCCCAUCCUCCCAGCUCUCCUACUUCUCCGACUCGAUAACGCCUGGUACACCGAUCUUCGAGUCCAGUGAGGACAUGUUCUCGGCUUCACAGGGAACAGCGCCCGGCACGCCCGGUGGAAUCAUCCGGACACCCUCACAACGGAGAUUAAGCCAGGCACCACGACCAAAGUCGCUCUCGGAACUACGGGACAUCCCUAACGCGCAUUAUCUCGAAAGCAUCUCGCCGCAGACCAUGACCGUGAAUCUCAUUGUCGGGAUCAUCUCAAUCGCACCACCCCGGACCGUCAUCACGGGCGCCAAGUACGGCAAACCCCGCGAAGUCGACCUGGUGGAAAUGAUCGUCGGCGACGACACAAAAUCCAACUUCACCGUGUCAAUGUGGCUGCCGCGAGAAAUGCGGGUGAACUGGAAAGACGGCGGCAACCCCAACCCCGAGGGCAUCCGCUCUGUGCUCCGUCGCAAUCUCAAGUUUAUGCGCCCGCGCGACGUGGUGUUGCUCCAGAACGUCGCUCUGUCUUCCUUCCGGGGUAAAGUCCACGGACAGUCGUUGAAGGGCGAUGUUACGAAGAUCGAUCUGCUGUUCCGCAAGAAAGUCGACGACGACGAUCUGAGCGGGAUCUACAGCGUGAGCAACCUACGGACUGCGAGUGUGGGGAAAGAUCCCCAGGUCGUCAAGGUGAAGAAGGUGAGGGACUGGUUGAACGAGUUUGUAGGAGAGAGGGACGGCUUAUCGCCUGUGAUGGCAGGGAGGAAAGGAAAAAGAAACAAGGGAGGGUAUGCGGGAUAUGGAUUUUUGCCUGAAGACACCCAGUAG